GGGCCGCCUCGGUGCGGACAAAAGGAGCCCGAGCCGGCGCGAGGGAGGGUGGGGGCUGAAGAGGGUCGGUGCGGACAGGGAAGCUGUUCCCAUGGCGUGUGGGGAAUGCAACGCUUCAGCACCUGCUCAGGAUCCAGCACGAAGGAACAUCAUCCACUUCCAGCACAGAGAACUGAAGUGCAGAUAGCAGAACCCAACUGCAGGGUGGUGAAUCAUGAUUCCAGUCACUGAAUUGCGAUACUUUGCUGACACUCAGCCAGCAUACCGCAUCCUGAAGCCAUGGUGGGACGUAUUCACGGACUACAUUUCCAUAGUGAUGCUGAUGAUUGCAGUGUUUGGAGGGACUCUUCAGGUCACCCAGGACAAAAUGAUUUGUUUGCCCUGUAAAUGGAUUACCAAAGACUCUUGCAAUGACACUGUCAGAGGUUGGACAGCUGUAACCCCAGAGCGUAUUUACUAUAACUCUAGUCUUGUUCCCUCUGCUGAUACAGGGCCCACAGGGAUCCAAUAUGAUUUGGACCGGCACCAGUAUAACUAUGUGGAUGCGGUGUGUUAUGAGAACCGCCUUCACUGGUUUGCCAAGUAUUUUCCUUAUCUGGUGCUGCUACAUACUCUUAUCUUCCUGGCUUGUAGCAACUUCUGGUUCAAAUUUCCAAGGACCAGCUCCAAGCUGGAGCAUUUUGUGUCUAUUUUGCUUAAGUGUUUUGACUCUCCAUGGACAACAAGGGCAUUAUCUGAGACAGUGGUGGAAGAGAGCGAUACCAAGCCAGCAUUUGGGAAAAUGAAUGGCUCCAUGGACAAGAAAUCCUCCACGGUCAGUGAGGAUGUGGAAGCCACUGUUCCCAUGCUGCAAAGAACAAAGUCUCGAAUUGAACAAGGAAUCGUGGACCGAUCUGAGACAGGUGUUUUGGACAAGAAGGAAGGUGAACAAGCCAAAGCACUCUUUGAAAAAGUGAAGAAGUUCCGUACGCAUGUGGAAGAGGGAGAUAUAGUGUAUCGCCUCUACAUGAGGCAGACCAUCAUCAAAGUAAUCAAGUUCAUUCUUAUCAUCUGCUAUACUGUUUAUUACGUCAACAACAUAACAUUUGAUGUUGACUGUAAGGUGGACAUUGAGAGCUUGACUGGCUACAGGAUGUAUCGCUGUGCUCAUCCUUUGGCCACUCUCUUCAAAAUCUUGGCAUCUUUCUACAUCAGCUUGGUGGUAGUCUAUGGCUUGAUCUGCAUGUACACGCUCUGGUGGAUGCUGAGGCGAUCACUCAAGAAGUACUCCUUUGAGUCUAUCCGUGAGGAAAGCAGUUACAGUGACAUUCCUGAUGUGAAAAAUGACUUUGCUUUUAUGCUCCAUUUGAUUGAUCAGUAUGACCCCCUGUAUUCCAAGCGCUUUGCUGUCUUUCUGUCGGAGGUGAGUGAGAACAAGCUGCGGCAGCUGAACCUCAACAAUGAGUGGACUUUGGAGAAGCUGCGUCAGAGGAUCACAAAGAACUCUCAGGAUAAGCUGGAACUGCAUCUGUUCAUGUUGAGUGGCAUUCCUGACACGGUCUUUGACCUCAUAGAGCUGGAGGUCUUGAAGCUGGAGCUUAUCCCUGAUGUCACCAUUCCCCCAAGCAUUGCUCAGCUCACCAGCCUUAAGGAACUAUGGCUUUACCACACCGCUGCCAAAAUUGAGGCUCCAGCCCUGGCCUUCUUGAGGGAGAAUUUGAAAUCUCUCCACAUCAAGUUCACAGACAUCAAGGAGAUCCCUCUUUGGAUUUAUAGCCUGAAGACACUAGAAGAGCUUCAUCUGACGGGGAAUCUGAGUGCUGAGAACAACCGGUACAUUGUAAUAGAUGGAUUGAGGGAGCUGAAGAGGCUAAAGGUGUUGAGGUUGAAGAGUAACCUCACCAAGCUGCCGCAGGUGGUGACAGAUGUUGGUGUGCAUCUUCAGAAGCUUUCCAUUAACAACGAGGGCACCAAGCUCAUUGUUCUCAACAGCCUUAAGAAAAUGGUCAACCUGACAGAGCUGGAGCUGAUCCGUUGCGACUUGGAGCGCAUUCCUCACUCCAUCUUUAGCCUCCACAAUCUGCAAGAGAUAGACCUGAAGGACAAUAACCUCAAGACCAUUGAGGAAAUCAUCAGCUUCCAGCACUUACAUCGUCUCACUUGCCUUAAAUUGUGGUACAACCACAUUGCCUACAUCCCCAUGCAAAUAGGCAACCUCACCAAUUUAGAGCGCCUUUACCUGAAUCGUAACAAGAUAGAAAAGAUUCCUACCCAGCUCUUCUAUUGCAGAAAACUUCGGUAUUUGGAUCUCAGCCACAACAACUUGACUUCCAUACCACCAGACGUAGGACUUCUUCAAAACCUGCAGAACCUAGCUGUGACAGCCAACAGGAUUGAGACUCUCCCGCCAGAGCUGUUCCAGUGCAGGAAGCUGAGAACCUUGAACCUGGGAAACAAUGUGCUGCAGUCACUCCCAUCCCGUGUUGGAGAGCUGACAAACCUAUCACAGAUAGAGCUGCGAGGAAACCGCUUGGAGUGCCUGCCAGUGGAGCUGGGAGAGUGUCCUCUGCUGAAACGCAGCGGGCUUGUGGUGGAGGAGGACUUGUUCAACACGCUGCCCUUGGAAGUCAAAGAGCGGCUGUGGAGGGCAGACAAAGAGCAAGCCUGAGCCCCCAAAAGGCGGGGAGGAACCACUGACCAACAAGAAGGAAACACAAGGCCAUUCCAGUCCCCUUUCUCCCAGGUCCUCCCCUUCCUCUUCUCCAGUCACUAUCGAACUAGCCAAGGAGUCCCUGAACAGUGACGACUCUGAGGCUACUUCUUGCCUCGGGUGCAGGAUUGUGGAAAGCUUGGGAUCAGGAUGAGGAUCAAGACAGGUUAGAUGGCUCCUGAGCAAGGGCCAGUGGGAGUAAGAGAUGUUGCUGCUGUUUUGGACAGGAAGUGAAGUGGGUGGUGCUGGAAAAGAGAUGACCUCCUUUGGAUGGAGGAGAAAAGGAAACGUGGGGAUUGCUGCCUUGCUUCGAAUGGGGAUUAUAGUGUCAGGGAAUGAGUGUCCUGCAAGCAAUGAUCAAGAGUCUAGGAAACUUCCUGUACCUCCUUGUCUGUGACACCUGGUACUAUUCCCCUCCAAAUCAGCAAUUCAGUAAGUGAGGCCCCACAGAGUGCUAGGGAUAGGAGAGAGUUGAUUAUUCUACCUAGAUGCUGGCAUUGGGAUUUUGGGGGGUAAAUUUAUCUCAGACAUCAAUUUGGAUGCAGGAAUGUGUUUUUUGUUACAAAUUGUCUUCUCUCCCUUGUGUUUGACACCCUGUCUUCUUCCCCUGGGGAAGGAGUUCUCCCUCCAGAACUCCAUCUGUGCAUUAGAGAUUGCACUUUUUAGCAGUUUCAAGUCACUUGUGCUAAUGAGUUGAUCACAUAGCAUCCUCUUCUCCAACUGAUGCAUUGGAGGCUCUAACCAAAAUAAUUCCAGGCCUUUAGCCUGUUCUGAAAUGGCUAGAAUACAAAUGAUCUGGAUAAUACAAAAGAUCUGGAUUAAAAGCAGUUGGUCUGCCUCAUCUGUUCUCCCAGAAGCACUGAGUUGCUUCAUGAUCUUGGCUUUUAAAGUUUUCAAGCUGCUUUUAAGUUCCCGAUGCUCUGUCACAUAACAAACGCAGAUGUAAAACCAGUGUGUCAAGGUGUCCCCUGGGGCUGGCAGUGUUUAUAGUAAAGAGGAAUAACUCAGUUUUCCUCUGCCCAAAAAACUGUUAGAUUUGUUGCCAAUUUUUUAUUUUUUUUUUUUUUUAGGAACAAAAUCUACAGAGCAGCUUAAUUGUUUUCUUGUUGUCUUUCACCCUUCAGCAGCUGUCAGUUCCUGUUAACCUCUUAAUAAGAGGCUGACGCUGAUUGAACUUGGUGCUGGAAAAGUAACCUGUCCUAUUCUUCCCUGUUUCAUUCCCCUGUUGUUAAGGAGCAGUAUGAGAAUCCUCUGAGGACUGAUCCCUUGAACAGAGCAAUCUUUAUUGAAACAAGUCUGACCUGUUUGGUAUUGCUUGACAAAACCCUGCACGGGGUAGAUAACCUGUGAUAGCUGCUGCUACUCAUGUCUCGAGGUGGAGUGGUGAAGGUGUGUCUCCAAUACACCCAAAGUCUGCCAUUUUCCAUCAGAAGGAACAGGAGGCUCACAGGCUGCAGGUCCUGAUUGUAAUGCUCUGCAUCGAGCCAACAGGUUUGUCUCCAAGGUGGAGUGCUGCAAACAGGCAUGAAAUGUUUGGAGGCUUCCUGUGUGCACAAAGGGAGGAAGCUGCAGCCAUCUCUGAAGCAGUUCCUGACAAACUGCCAGUGAGAGUGCUGGCUUAGCAAACCCUGAUGAUCCCUUGGAUGUUGGUGCAAUAGGGCGCUAUGGCUUUUCUCAUGAGAUGUAAGAUAUGAAAUAUACACACUAAACAUGCUGAAACCAUGAACAAUGUUAACUGGGCUCUGGAUUUGUUGAUGUUCAGAUGCUUAAAUAAAGCUGUAUUAAAAUCUAGGAAAUCUGUUUAUAAAACUGCUUUUAAGGAAGAUGUAAAUUCUGCCUCCCUUAGUUCACUGUUAAGCUUUAAACAGUCCAGAGGAAUAAUAUAAUUUUCUUUAUCUGGAAGGCAAGGCACUGUUUCUAACAGAGUUAGUGUUCAAAUUAUGUUAGAGUUGGAGCCACUGCCAAAUUGAUGGGAAACAUUAAUCCAAAAUGCACUGCAUCAGAGCAAGCACUGGUGCUGAGGAGUGUUGGUGCUGAUGCAUUUUGGAUUGGAUUCAUGCACACAAGCAUUUUGAAUUGGUGGGACAGGAAUUGUAAGGUAGACUUACUGCUGCUUGGGUAAGACAGGAAUGGCUUUAGGCUUAGCUACAGCAGUACUGUUUUCCAGGCACUUUCUCAAGGUGGCUGUAGGGGCUGUUUGGAUGGCAAAGGAAACCUCGUUUUCUUCCUUACUCUGUGCCAAAAGAUUGCUGGAGAGUAAUGGCAAUUGAAUGGAGAGACUUGAAGUCUGUGUUGUAUUCAAGGCCACUGGGUAAUCUGUUUACAGCAUGUGUGUUUCAGGCUAGACAGGGCUGAAGGGCAAUGUACCUCGUAGGAUUUUAACCUAGCUUACAGGAACAGUUUUCUCCUGUGUGUCUAGGACAUUGUAGAUGAAUGCUUUAACUCUUGAUUCGAGGUAUGAUGUCACUUAUACAACUAAGCUUUGUGCAGCUAGGCCAAAAGUUUCUAUAAGCAGCUCCUGCUUUUAUGCUGCAGUGCUUCUAGAAGCUUGCACAUCUCCUGAGCUCUGCUAUGUAUCUCAGUGCCGAAUCCAUAGGAGAAGUGGACAAUAGGCUAUUGUGCUAGAAGUGAGCCUCUAACUUCUUAUCAAAUGACAGCUAUACUUCUGCUGCUUGCUGAGUAGAAACUGCCCUAUGCCUGAGGUCUACAAAGCAAUUUUAAGACAGGCCAGUAUUGAUCAUGCAUGGAAACACUAGCUUUUUUGCUCCUUUUUCAAUAUUCAAAGCUCAGUUUUUCAGUCUUGGCUGUUAGAGCUUGAGGUAUCUCAAAGCUGUCACUCAGAAAGCUAAGUAGUUUGAUAGCUUCUUGUACCAGAAACGCAGGUGGCACGAAAAUAUAUUGCCAUUCUGGAAGACAGCAAUAUUUACCUGCUCCUGACGUGUGCUUCUUGGUCUUCCAUGGAAGAGAUAGUGAUUUCAUAGUAUCAGUUUCAUGUGAUGAAAUGGAGGAAGCUUUAAAACUUAAAUGAUAGGGUCUAAAACGUGAGGUCCUGAACACAUUUACAGCUCGGACUUCCUGUAAAGCUCACCCCACAGCAGGGUGAUUCACUCAACUUCCCAUACCUGCCUGCAUUGCUCAGUCUGAGGGAUGGGCUUACAUCAACAAUCCUUCCUCAUUUGCAAGUGUUCAGUCAGUGUAUAUCAUAAUUUUUCUUUCAAUCUCUGUCAAACUGAAGCUUUGCUUUUUCUGACACAAAUCUGCACAUUCAGGAAGAAAAGCUCACCUUAUGCAGACAAUCAACAGGUCAGUGUCUUCUUGUCCUGACCUGUCUUUUCAAAGCACUCUAGUUGGUAGCAAAACAGAUUUAUUAGCUGCUAAAUCACAAAACAACUUGAAUUAAAACAGUUUCCUUAAUAGCACUGCUGAGCUGAAUGAAUUCUUGGACCCCCUGUUGAUCUUGAGCAUGCUCACCCCAUGCUAGGACUGGAGGUUAGUAAACAGAAUUCUACCUUUCACUCCCAACUGCCCCAAAAAGUACUAAGUUACAAUGGAUUAUUUGAACCACCUGUAAGGUGGGUGGUGCCAAACCUAUUAAAUGUGUUAAAAUUUGCUGUAUCUCUGAAACUAUGCACUGGAAUGUUAGAUGAAGUUUUUCUUUGGAGUUGUUUUCUGACCUUGUUUUGGUCCCUAGUUAACUCAGCAGUGGGAAUUAAGUCACUCCAUCAGUCUGAAUGGUGAAAUGUAAGCCCAAUGCAAGCUGUUACAGGUAUCUGUUGUGAUGUGCUGUUCUUUGGUAUUAAUUGUCACUUCUUGAGUGUCCUACCUCAUUUUUUAUUUCUCUUAUUACCAUUUCUACACUCCACUUAGCUGAUUUCGUUUUAAUUAAAGCAGAUGCUUGGUGUCAUUACCACAAAUAGUAUGAAGUGGCUUUCUGUUGCUGAACCACACCGAAGCCCUCUUCUUUUUCUAACACGAUUCUAGGAAUUUCAGAACAAUGACACAUCCUUUGCAGGAGAUGAUACAUAAAAACUGUUACUGAUUUCACAGAAUCACAGAACUGUAGGGGCUGGAAGGGACCUCUAGAGGUCAACCAAUCCACCCCCCUGCACAGCAGGCUCCCAGGACCAGGUUGCACAGGCAGGCAUUCAGGUGCCUUUGCUUGAAUGUCCCCAGCGAAGGAGACUCCACAGCCUCCCUGGGCAGCCUGUCCAGUGCUCUGUUACCCUCACUGUGAAGGAGUUCUUGCACACGUUUGUGUGGAACUUCCCAUGCUUCAUUUUGUGGCUGUUUCCCCUUGUCCUAUCACCAUGCACAGCUGGGAAGGGUCUGUCUUUGUCCCUUUGCCCCCACACCUUAGAUAGAUGUAGAUGUUGAUCAGAUCCCCUCUGAGUUGUCUUUUCUCAAGGCUGAACAGGCCCAGCUCAUUCAGCCUUUCACUUGAGAGGUGCUCCAGGCUCUCUAUCAUCUCUGUGGCCUCUGCUGGAGUCUUUCCAGGGGAUCCCUGUCUUUUUUGUACCAGGGAGGCCAGAACAGGAUCCAGUGCUCCAGGUGAGGCCUCAAUAGGGCAGAGUAGAGGGGGAGGAUCACCUCCCUUGCCCCGCUGGCCAUGCUCUUUUUAAUGCACCCCAGGAUGCCAUUUAACAGUUGUGACAUCAUUUCCCUUCCUUACCUUUUUCCAUUUCAGAAAGGGACUUUCAUGGUUUGAUUUCUCGAUUUAUUUUCAGUCCUUCAGGGGAGGAAUUGUUUCUUCCUUGAUAGCUGUGCCUUCUCUAGAGGCACAUUAAGGUGAACUCUCCACUGAGGCAUCGUUCCUUUUAGUGCACGUGCAGUUAUCUUUGCCUGAAGCCAGCUGUUCCCUCUGGUUCUUCUCUUUUUGUUUGUGGAGAGCAUGGAGAGAUUUCUUAGAUGUUGGUGUGACUUUUCUCACUGAAGAUCAAGGUUGUACCAUAAGCGGUAGCAUCACCUGCUCUGAAAUGCUGCCCUCUAUAAGGCUGUGUGAAUGCUAAAUGGGAAAACUAUCAUUUAGAUUUUGUUUGGAUUUGUUUCCUUUUAUUGCAUUUAAAAAAUGAUUUAUUUUUUUACUGCUGUUUGGCCACACAGUGAAUUCUGUAGUCUUAAUAAAAAUGUGCCAAAAUAUUUUCCUGUCCUAUCUGCAUUGUAACAGUGCUCGAAGCAGAGCUGGACAAGAGUAUUGUCAGAUUUGAACCCUUUCCAUCCCUCCAGCUGCAGUGUUAGAUGAAUGUUAAAAUGUUGGUGGUAGUGUGAAAUCCUCCAGAAAUUUCAUCUGAAAUCCCUUUUCAAAAGUAACUACGCUUGAACUGUUGGACCCCAAAAACUAAGGUGAACUCUGCGUGCAUUCACACAAAGGCUUAAUUUGGAACGUCUGGAAAUACCCUUCCAUUCUUUCCUAUCUCUCCUUUAAAGGAAGUUCAUUGGACAAUAGGGAGAAUUUUUCCAGGCUGAACUUAAUGAGAAGGGGGCUAACGGGCCUGAGUCAUCUACAGCUGCCAGAUGCAUCCAUUUAAGUAAGGCACUACUCACAGCUUGGACGUGGCUCCCUGCCGCUCUGUAGAUGCGCUCGCAGGGUUGUGGUUUGGCAUGCAGGACCUGUGCUUGGUGUAACACUGCUGACAUUCGCUCUGUAUGCGGGGUUGCUCGGGCAGCUGAUCAGCAGCACCUCCACCGUAAGCACCGAAGGCUGCUAUUGUUUUCUCUUGAGAGAUGUGUAAGACUGGACACUUUAACAGAAUAAAAGUUUAACUUUUUAA